AUGAGGCAUUCCUCUCCUAUAAUACGACAAUUACGCUUCUAUUCCGCAGCUCAGAAACCGGUGUCACCACAUAUUGGAUUCUACAAGACCUUUUCGCGGCCAAUAGCGAAAGUCCUGCUUAUGGCUACCUUCACAUAUCAAGUUGCGUAUUGGGGAUGGGUGAAGCUGGAGAAAGAUGAGGAGAAGGCGGGUAGGAAUGCAGAAAUUAAAGCCCUCGAAGUCGAACUCCAGAACCUGAUCAAGAUGGCUGAGGAUGCAGGCAUAAAAGUGAAGAGCUGA